AUGCAGAUUUGGUCGGGUCUUGUGUCCUACUAUGUAGCUGUGUUGUGCAGCGCGCCGCAGCCGAGCCUGCCUACAAGCAGCGCGCCACAGCCGUGCCUGCCUAAAAGCAGCGCGCCACAGCCGUGCCUGCCUAAAAGCAGCGCGCCACAGCCGCCCGCGCCUGCCUACGAGCAGCGCUCCACAGCCGCGCCUGCCUACAAGCAGCGCGCCACAGCCGCGCCUGAUGACGAGCAGCGCGAGUGCAGCGCCUGUCGCGAGCAGCGCGCCAGCGCAGCACCUGUUGCCGAGCAGCGCGCCAGCGCAGCACCCGUUGCCGAGCAGCGCGCCAGUGCAGCGCCUGACGACGAGCAGCACGCCAAUGCAGCACCUGUUGCCGAGCAGCGCGCCAGUGCAGCGCCUGACGACGAGCAGCGCGCCCGUAUCGCGCCUGCCAACGAGCUGGUAUCGAAAGACUCUAUGCCAUUGUUACAGAUGAAUUCCAGUGUUGAAGAUGCUGGGAGAACGAGCCUGAGGACGGUCUCAUGUCAGGAGAAGCCGUGUUAG